GUGGCGCUCGCGUCAGUCUUCGAAAACUUGUACCCAGUGCCGAGCUAAAUCUAGUACUGUCUGCCGUCUACCGUACCUCCCAGUCUCGUCGCUCAGUGUUGUGCAGCGUCUCGUAGUGAGAACAGUGAUUCGAUCCGAAUAUCCCGCAUAGGAUAUUUUACUUUCAUUUCCCAGACAAACUUCUUACUUGUAUUGCAUUAAAUCCCAGCGUUUAUCCGUUAUCGAUCGUCCACUGUAAAAUCGGCGAUUCGGAAUAGUGGAAUUUCCUCUUAUUAUCACUUGAUCCACCUCUUGUGUAUAUUUUCAACACUUCAUCUGCGGUAGAUCCACUAAUGGGUGUUAAUAAAGACAGCAAGAUGAUUAUUGAGAAGAACGAAAUGCUUCAAAUGGCAGUAAAAAUUUGCCGUGGUUAUUUGCAUGGACCGUGGAAGAAAAUUACUACCAAUGAUGUCGUGAUGAAGAGAGUCAGUGGUGGUUUAAGCAACUGGCUGUAUCACGUGAAGCUCGUCUCAGAAAAUGCGGAACCCAGCCAAGUGUUACUCAGGAUAUAUGGUCAAACUCAUGGUGAAAGAGCUUUCGAAAGUAUCAUCACAGAGUCUGUCAUCUUCACUCUUUUAUCAGAGCGGAAACUGGGACCGAAAUUACACGGCAUAUUCCCCGGUGGCCGUUUGGAAGAGUAUAUCCCAGCCAGGCCUUUGAAAACCAAGGAACUCCAAGACAAGAAACUGAGUCUGUUGAUAGCCGACAAGAUGGCGUUGGUUCAUCAGAUGAACAUCCCUAUCAGCAAAGAACCUCGUUGGUUAUGGGACACCAUGAACAGGUGGAUCCAAUCCAUUGAUGAUCUGAAUCUCUACAUUUAUGUCGGAAAUCAAAUGAAAAGGAAAUUGAUGGCUCAAGACUUCAGGAUAGAGGCUGAAUGGUUGAAGUCUCAUCUGCAAAAGUUGCAGUCACCAGUUGUCUUUUGCCACAAUGACUUCCAGGAAGGAAACAUUCUCAUGCGUGAAGAAAACAACAACAAUGAAAGUGAGCCCUCCUUAGUGAUCAUUGAUUUCGAGUACUGUGCCUACAAUUACCGAGGGUUCGAUCUGGCAAAUCAUUUCAUCGAAUGGACUUAUGAUUAUUCCUACCCUCAGCCUCCAUAUUUCAGUGUCCAUCGUGAUUACUACGCUUCCCAUGAACAGCAGCUUGCUUUUGCUGAACGAUACUUGAAUUCUUUGGGUAACUCGAAAACUGAUCCAGAAGUCGUUGUUAAUGAAAUCAGGCAUUUUUCACUUGCAUCUCAUCUCUUCUGGGGCGCCUGGUCCCUAGUUCAAGCCAAAACUUCAAAAAUCAAGUUUGGAUAUCUGGAAUACGCAUAUGAAAGGCUGAACUGUUACUUCAACUUGAAAUCUGAGCUUUUGCUUGAAGCCAAUGCAAAGAAAAAGCUCCGGAUAAACAAUGACUGAGCACCAACCGUUCGUAUUGAAUGGUGAUUGAGAAUCACCAUUCUAACUUAUUCUUUCGACCUCGCUCUCACUUGCUAUUUGAAAAUAGCUUGUGUCUUUGUUGUCAUUGUCUGGAAAGAUUGUUUUUGCCUUAAAUCGACCAAGUCAGGUACCCUAUCUCUGAAGGUCCAAAUUUAUGGAAGAUCUUAUGUUCUCUUAGAAGGAACCGAUUCAGUUCCUAUUGGAAUGAGUGAAUCGCUAAACAUUUGCAAUUUUAGCCUUAUUUUAUUUUUAUCAUUGUGUCUUACCAUCUCUUCAUUUAAAAUCAUUCACUCGUCGUACUUUUAUAAUAUUAAGUUUAAUAUUAGAUCUCUAUUUUGUUAAAGCAUAAGCAGCAAAAAAAAAAGAAAAAAAAAAUUGGAAAAAAAUUAAAAAUGCAAAAUUGAAAAAAAAGAAGCUCUAAUGAGUAUUUAUUUUAUUUGAUGAACUUUGUAUUUUAAAUUAUUUGAAAAUUAAUUAAAUUCUUUGCAUGUGAUUUUAUGUGCUUAUGAUCGGAGGUCGUUUAAUGCAUGCUUUGAUUAUUGCUGUAAAUGUGUUUUCUUUAUGAAUUUAAAAAUAUUGAAGGACUGCAAUUUUGUCUACUUUGUAAGUUCACUCAGUAUUAUCAAAGCUUUAAUGGUAAGUGUCCUUAGUGAGAACUUCUGUUUUGUUCAUCUUUUCGAAGCAAAGAAUCAUUCAUGAUUUUCAAACCACAAGCUGAUAUUGAGAACUGACAUUUUUAAACAUUUUUAUUUGAGUUUUCGGCUCUUCUAUCCCAACUCUUAACUAUCUUGACUGAUUUUAUUCAAUUUUUAGCAUCCAAUUCCCUGUCAUUUUUUGCAAUACCCAACUCUGAACUGUCAAAUUAUACGAAUCGGUUUCUCUUAUUCUGUUUUUUUUUUAGCUAGUCCUCUUCUUCCUCUUUCAUCAGGGAACAUUACUCAGAAAUUUCACCGUGUGAACAAGUAAAAACUUCUUGUAAACAUCAAAUUACUUUUGGUCAUGUUUACUGUCUUGCAUUUCAAAAGAAAA